CUCAUAUCAAUUUAUAUAAGCGAUUUAUUCAUUCAAUCAAUUCGAUUUCACUUCGACGGCAUAUCUCGAGUCUAGAUACAAGUAAAACUCAAUUGAGAUUUCUGUAUUCAAUAAAAAAAUGUCUGGCCUCGUAAGCUACGAGAGCAGUGAUGAGGAGGAGGUCGAGCAACAGCCGAAACCAAAGCCACUGAAACAAACUCAAGAUGCCACCGGGGAUACCACCGAGAAGCCAAUUGCCUCAGCAGAGUCCGCUACUGCACCGCAAAAAGUAGAUGAGAAACAAGCACCUAUCAUUGGGCCACAGAUAGGUCCAGCUCCUGCACCUGCCGCAGGACCUAGCUUCCCUCCACUGGAAGAGGCACCAUUAGAAGACGACGAAGCAGGGCCCGGCCUUCCUCCCGGAUCCCCUUAUACGGCAACCCGCGCACUGUUACGGGAUCUCACGCUCCCGCCCAUCCCCAACACAGACAUACCGCCAUCUCCGCCGGGCUCGCCACCGCCCGCAACCAGCGCCAAGUUCGAGCGGUUCCUCGAGCUGAAGAAGCAGGGCGUGCACUUCAACUCCAAAGUCGCGCAGAACCCGUCCUUACGUAACCCUGCGCUCACGGAGAAACUGUUGGCGUUUGUCGAGCUUGGCGGCGCCGCGGACCAGUACCAGACUACGUUGCCGGCCGACAUAUGGGACCCGGCUGCGUUCCCGAGAUGGGCUUACAAGGAACAGCUUAAGCAGAGCCAGGCGGAGGUCGAGAAGGUGAGGGCCAGGGGCAAGGGAGCCCCUGUGGAGUUUGUGGCGGCGACGGCUUCUUCGGCAGAGGAUGGGCAGAAGCCGAGUACUGGAAAGCGGAAGACGAGAUUUGACGCUUGAAACUUCUAGGUUGGGUUAUUGGAAAGUCUCAUAAGCUACUUCGUAGGUUAUCUUUUCGAACAAAUCGCAACUACGGGAUUUGUGGCCUGACUCUAGUAUAGGAAUAAACGGAUACCCUUUUAACUUAUCCACGGCGGGCUUUCACUUGACUGAAGAUAGGUAC